AUGAGCAGUUUGCUGGCAAAAAUUGCAACGCCUGUGCUACAACUGGGCUCUGCUUUGGGUGUUGGUUUUGUGGCAUUUCGAUGUGAGUGGGUGACAGAAAAGCAGGGCCUAGCCUUCCUUACUGGACGAAUUGGUCUUCCGUUACUCGCUUUCAAGGCUGUUGCCACUGCUGACCUGGACGAUGUGGAGUUCCUUGCAGUUCUCAGCUGCUUUAUUGGAAAGGCAUUUGUUUAUUUGCUCGCUUGUGCUGUGACCUGGGUCGCCUGUCACAAGAAGCCACGCAGCGAUGCUUUGGUGUCCAUGGCGAUCUUCAGUUUUCAUGUGACAGCUGCAAAUGACUUCGUCUUUGGCAUUCCGAUCAUGCAAGCAUUCUAUCCCAAAGAUGGGAUGACCAACCUAGUGGCCAAUGUGGUUGUUCAAAAUGUUAUUUUCCAGGUCUGCAGCCUAUCUAUGCUGGGUGUUGGCACAGCUCAAGCUGCAGCGCAGCUUGCGGAUGGUUCAGCAGCUACCUUGCAGGGCACAUCGGCUACGGGUAGUGGACAAGCCUCGCGAAUCGUGAAGCAACUCGCACAAGAUCCCCUACUAUGCGCCAUUGUUUUGGCGGUUCUGUACAGCUUUCUGGCCACAGUUUGUGCUCCACACCUGGAUGGCGCUGAACGGUUGCCAUGGAUUGUAGGAGAGAUGAUUGACUUCUUUACCAGGCCCUUUAGCGUCACGGCUUUGCUGCUGACGGGCGCCAACUUAGCAACAGCCCUUGGUCAAAAGAGCCAACAAUCAGAUUUGGGCAGCAUGUACUUUGUUUCGAUUCCAAUCUGUUUGGUGGUGGCCAAGAACUUCUUGUGCCCUUAUGUAAGCCUGGCUGCUUCAGAGCUUUUGCUCCCUGGCAGCUCCAACAAUCGCUGGCACAGCUUUGCCUUUCUCUAUGGGCUGAUUCCCACCUCAUCCGCCCCGAUGCUGGUGGCCAUGCGUGUGGGGAAGCACAUCGAAGUGGUGGCAGCAGCUGUGUCCGUUGGGAUCUUGGUGGCUUUUCCAAUGCUCAUUGCAGCGGCGGUGUUGCUCGGAACUGACACUGUGGACGAGGGUUUGGUGGAUAAACAGCUACGUAUCAGUGACUUGGUGGCGCUGUGUCUCUCCUUGGGCUGUUUACUCGUGUGCAUUCCAUGCUUCCGACUACAAGAGCGAGACUCGGAGUGGCGGAAAUUCCCCAACCGGAUGCUCGUGUGGUAUGUGGGUGCAUGCAUUUUCCAUUCGAUAUGUGGCUUACUGCUGGACAGCUGGUUUCCCACAUGCAGCGCUAUCGGAGAGUUCGUGUCCAAUUAUUGCGAAGUUCAACGCUAUGUCUUGGUGUGUUUGAUGCUACAUUGGUUGCGGCGAUUUGAAAGUGGGCUCCGAGCGGAUAAGACCCUUUGGAUCGCCUUGAUCGCGCCUUUGCCCAUUUGCAUUUGGGCGCCACAGCCUUUGACGAAAAAGAAUUGCAUUCUGGAUGGAGGAGAGGCCAACAAGUUUGACGUCAUUGUCGGUUUGGUCUUCCUGGUUCUCCUUGCAAGCCUUACGCUGGCCGGGCUUUGUCGGAAGGGUGAAGCCGAGACCUUGACGGCAUCACGUAGCACAGAGACCCCAGAACAGCCUUCCUUCGUUUCGUUCCACCUUGGUUCUGCCAAUAACUUGGUCGAGUUUGAGCCGGACUCACCGACAUGUUAUCAGCAUCUAGGCACCAGCAGGAUUGAACAGAGCCCAGCAAGGCAAUCCAGGCAAUCCAGAUUGAGCAGUGAGCCACGGUCACCUUUGUCACUGCCCCUUGAGAGUCGGAACCUGGAAAUGCGCGAGCUGCCAACGGCAGCCUUGCAAGACCAGUUUCUGCAGAGGGGUGACUCACAACGACGGGGCUUGGCCAACCUCAAGUUUGCGAUUUUGGUCAUUGCUGCCAAAUGUACUAUUGUCUUGGCCAUCUCCACCAUCAUCCGCAGCAUUUUGUCCCUCCAAUCCUUCCACACGGAGACCGAGUCUGCCUUGGUCUUUGGCUUGAUGGUGCAGCUACUGCUGGAAAACACCGAAGGCUGUUUCAUUCUACUGCUCGUACUGAGCUUCUUUGACACUUACUGGUCAAGACUUGCUCGUGAGCUGCGCCACCGCCAUCGUCGCGCUCGUUCCCGGGCACCAUCGUUGGAACCCACCUGA